AUGUCAGUAACAAAUUCCAGCCCUCCUUCGCCGUCAGCGGUCUCGACAUUCAUCUCGCACUCCGGGGCCAAAUCCGCCUCGGAGGCGCUUGCGCUCGAGAUCAUGCACAAUCUACAACACCAACACAACUGGACCGACCUGAAGCGACACCUGGUCCAUCUCAAGGCUCUAUGCACUUCAGGCUCAACCGUUCUCGACCGUCCAGUACGCUCAGCGAGCCCUUCCGGCACUGGCACUGGCAAUGCAUCACCCUCUCCCUCCUCGUCUGGGAUAUCGACGCCGUCCACAGCUACCGCCUCACCGGGAGCUGGUGUCGUCACCAUCAUCUCAGGUCUGCCGCCACAACACAGCUACAUCCAUCCCGACCUGCAGGCCCAGCUGUUGAAGUAUGGACUGUCGGACACGGCACUGCCCGUCCAGCGCGAGUUCGUGCUCCCGCUUGCGCUGGGCGAGAAAUGGUCCUUGGCCCGGUUCUGCGCCGUCUUUGACCAACUUCCUGAACGGGACUUAAUUACGGUCUAUGCCACCACCACCACCGGCUCGGGACCUGGGGCGCCAGAGACGGGUGGACGACGACAAGGAAUUGCCAACGGCCAAGCAGCUUCCGGAAAACGGAGUCUUUAUGAGCACCGAGACCAGAGGCGGGUGUUGCUGGGCAUGAGGGCGCGGGAGGGCGGCGGAGGAGAUGGCACGGUGGUGUAUUACAUUAUGCAGGAGGGCGAGGUCAAGCCUAGACAGAACGGUUGA